AUGGAGCGGCCUUUUGUGAUCCUCUUGGAUCUCCUGAUUCUAUAUGAUGGAGAUGUGAUUAAGAAGCCACGCUCCAUGGACCUGGCAAGCAAGAAGUGCCAGCAGGUGCUGAUGGAGCUGGAGGGAGUGCUGCAGCACUUGGAAGUCAUGUUUAGUUUGACACUGGUUCCUCGAGUUCUUAUCCUACUUGGAGGCAACGUCAUGAGACCCAAGGAGCUCUAUGAGCUCAACUUGGAGGGUAUCUAUGAGGGCAGUGCUGAGGUGAGCCUGAAAACUGCAUCCUGUGUUCGCAAGCUCUUUCACUCGCUCUUCAUUGCAGAUGUCUUCAGCGAACUUAAGGCUCUCCCUGUGGUGGGCACUGUUGUUAUGCUCCAAGGACACCGCGAUUGUGGUGUCGAUUGGUUCCGGCCCAAGCUCAACUAUAAAGUGCCAACCCAAGGGAGGAAACUAACUGUCAACUUGUCCUGUGAUGGAGACGUCAACAUAAGUGCCUCGCUGCCUGAGCAUAUGACUUCUGCCUGGGAGGACUACGUCUGGUUUCAAGCACCAGUGACACUCAGAGGCUUUCAUGAGUGA